AUGUCUUGGAAUGGGCCCUUUUGUGGUUCACGACCUUCUUCCUCUUCUGUGCUGACACAGGGUCACGGCCUGAGCUUGUCAGGUGCACAAAUAAAGAUCGCGGUCCCGAACAUGUUUCAGGAACAAAGCAUUUGUCAGAGAGCUUUCCUUCACUACGGUUGCUGCAUUCGCGACCCCAACUGGCCGCAGAACCCUGAAGUGCAGUGGCGUUUGUUGGCCCUCAGCCGGGGCUUGGGGCUGCCGAUCCCGAAGCCCUUCCGCGCGCCCUUCAUCCCUGGGAUCACCGUGAUGAUCCCGCACUAUGGGGAGACCAUCUUGGAGAAGAAGGAUUCCUUGUAUGGUGGACGUGACGACGAUAUUGUGCCACUGAUGGACUGGCUCAAAGCUCGCUAUGAGGAUGAAUGGCACAACUUUGAUGCUCGCAUGCAGGCGAAGAACAUGGGCGGCCUCUCAGCAGGCAGCAACUGGGAUGACUACUCGGAUGAGCAAUGGGAGAAGAUUUGCGGGUGGUCCUCCAUGAGACUUCAAACGCUCUUUCGCACCGUGGCCGGCAUGAUGCUCUACCAUCCAGCCUUGCAGUGCCACUACGAAGUCCAGGGAGUUGGCAAGGUGAGGGGUGAGAAGAAGCCUGCCUUGGCAGAUGUUUGGACACCCAAUGACUGCUUCAACUGCAUCGUCUCUAUGCAGCAGUACGGUAUCCCUGGUGCUGUGAACUAUGGCCACGUCAACAAGAUGUUUGCCAAGUUCCCAAGCAGCUUGAAAGUCGCGUUCAUCGACUUCAAGGAGAAGAACAUCCACGCGGAGGUGGACAAGAUCCACCCGCGGCAGAAGCGUCGCUACUUCAGCUGCUUGGUGGAUGGGCAGUGCUCCGAGGUGCCAGGCAGCAAUGGUCGUCGCAAGGCCAAGUACACGGUGGAGCUGCCGGGAUAUCCCAUUCUUGGAGAUGGGAAGAGUGACAACCAGAAUCACGCCAUCAUCUUCUUGCGUGGGAUCUUCAGCCAAUGCAUCGAUGCCAACCAGGGCGGCUACUUCGAACAGAUGCUGAUGUUGCCCUGUGUUCUGGGCGAGUUCCGGACCAUCGACCGGGGAGAUGAUGCGGCCAAGCAGAUUAUUGGCCUGCCCGAACACAUCACCAGCGACAUCGGCUCCGUGGGCGACUUCGCCGCGGGCUCGGAGGUGGCCUUUGGGACCAUCCUGCAGCGCACCUACUCGGUGUUGGGCGCCAGGAUGCACUAUGGGCACCCAGACAUCAUGAACAAGCAGUACAUGAUGCAACAGGGCGGCGUGUCCAAGGCGACGAAGACCAUCAACCUGUCGGAGGACAUCUUCGCCGGCAUGGACUUCACCCUCCGUGGGCAGGGCCGGAGCAUCAAGCACUGCGAGUACUUCCACGUGGCCAAGGGCCGCGACUUGGGCUUCAACACGGUGCUGGGCUUCUUCUCCAAGCUCUCCUCGGGCGCUGGAGAGCAGAUCCUCACGCGACAGAUGUUCCGCUUGGGGCAGCUGCUGCACCUGCCCGAGGCGCUCACCUUCUACUAUGCCCAUGUGGGAUUCUAUGUGACGCAGGGCUUGGUGUCGGCCUCCAUGCCGAUCCUCGUGAGGGGCCCGAGCUGCCCAAGCUCACCGGGACGGUACACCUUUUGA